UACAUCUACUGCGCCUGCGCACGACGAUCCCAUUCUUGUCCUGCAGGCAGCAUUCCGGGUGGAGAGAGUGAGAGAAAGAGAGGCGGACAUAGGAGAGAUUUAAGGCCAAAGUGAGGAUAUUUACCCCGGGAGACGCGGGCUGGCUGUGAGGACGAGCUGCGGAGGUUAUGGGCAGCCCCGUUCAGAUUUGGGGACAGGUCAUGGAGCUCUAAGCUAGCACUCUCCAUCCAUCUCUAUCUGCUGCCAGAAGCGCCUCUUCCAGCCUGCUGCUGUGGUUUGGCUCCGACUCCUCUAAGAGAAGAAGAGGGAGGAGUAAACUUCCCCCAGCUGCUGUGCAGACACACACAUGCUGCAUUGCUGCCAUUCCCCAAGCCCUAUUCCAUCUAUCCCGGGGGCACGGCCAUUAGCUUGCUAGCAGGCUAGCACUUGGCACAGAAAGAAGGCCUGUCCUGAGGGACCAAACACAAGCAGACUGUACCUUUUGUCCUCACUUUUCAGGUCAUACCCACCAAGUGGAACUCCUUUUGUCCAGCUGUCACUCCCGCUGCUCAGAGCAGUGGAGGAUUGCUAGCGAUCAGUCAAUCAUAGAGCCGGGCAGACUGAGAAAGCCAGAGGGCGUGUUUACCAGACACCAGAAUGAUGGAGCCUAGCAUGGAAAACUGUCUGGCCCUGGUCUUGCAGAAGGACAUGGGCCGAAGGCUGCAGGUUGGCCAGGAGAUCAUUGAUUACAUUCUGGACAAGGAAAAGUCCCAUGACUUGGAGCAGGACCAGACAGCGCUGGACAAGAUGGUCGAUGGCAUCGCCAGCUCCUGGGUCAACUCCAGCAACUUCAAGGUGGCGCUGCUCGGCCUGGACCUCUUAUCUGCCUUAGUGACAAGGUUACAGGAGCGAUUUAGAGCCCAGGUGGGAACAGUUCUGCCCAGCCUUAUUGAUCGAUUGGGAGAUGCCAAAGAUCAGGUGCGAGAAACAGACCAAACGUUGCUGUUAAAGAUCAUGGAACAAGCCGCCAAUCCGCAGUACGUGUGGGACCGAAUGCUGGGAGGUUUCAAGCAUAAAAACAACCGGACCAGAGAAGGAGUGUGCCUUUGUCUCAUCGCCACGCUGAACACAUAUGGAGCCCAAGGCCUGACUCUCAAUAAAAUUGUUCCUCAUAUAUGUAACCUUCUGGGGGACCCCACUAGUCAGGUCCGUGAUGGAGCCAUGAGCUCCCUGGUGGAGAUCUACAGACAUGUGGGUGAGAGGGUGAGGCUGGAUCUCAGCAAGAAGGGCCUGCCACAGUCACGCUUGAAUGUAAUCUUCAGCAAAUUCGAUGAAGUCCAAAGAUCCGGGAACAUGAUCUCAUCUUCUGGUUCAGAUAAGAACUUUGAGGAUGAGGAUUCUGUGGACGGAGGCCGGUCCUCCUCCUCCUCCUCCAAAGCACCACCCAGUGGCAGGAGGACUGUAGUGAGCUCUGUCAGAAGACCCAGCUCAGCCACCACGCCAAAGCCCACGGGUAAAGAAGCUGCUGCUGGUGCUGUUGAUGAAGAGGAUUUCAUUAAAGCCUUUGAAGACGUGCCCUCGGUCCAGAUCUACUCCAACAGAGAGUUCGAGGACCAGCUGACCAAGAUCAGAGAAGUGCUGUCUGAUGACAAACAUGACUGGGAGCACCGAGUGGUUGCGCUGAAGAAGGUCCGUUCUGUCAUGUUGGCGGGGGCCACUGAUUAUGAAGGUUUCCCUCAGCAGCUUCGACUUCUUGAGGCUUCCUUGAAGCUGUCAGCUAAAGACCUGCGCUCCCAGGUGGUCCGAGAGGCCUGCAUCACACUGGGACAUUUGUCAUCGAUUCUCGGUAACAAGUUUGACCACGCCGCAGAGAGCGUCAUGCCGACCCUGCUGAACCUCGUGCCCAACAGUGCCAAAGUCAUGGCCACGUCCGGGGUGGCCGCCAUCCGUCUCAUCCUCAGGCACACACAUUACCCACGGCUCAUCCCCAUCAUCACCAGUAACUGCACCUCCAAAUCAGUCGCAGUCAGACGACGCUGUUAUGAGUUUCUCGACCUCAUGCUGCAGGAGUGGCACACCAAUACACUGGAAAGGCACGUGGCAGUUCUCACUGAGACCAUCAAGAAAGGAAUCCACGAUGCCGACUCUGAAGCCAGAUCCAUCGCCAGAAAGUGCUACUGGGGCUUUCACGGUCACUACAGCCGGGAGGCAGAACAUCUUUUCCAGGCGCUGGAGGCCACCUAUCAGAAGGCCCUCCAGUCUCACCUGAAGAGCUCAGACAGCAUCGUGUCUCUGCCCCAGUCAGACCGGUCCUCGUCGUCUUCGCAGGAGAGUCUGAACCGGCCACUGUCUGUGAAGAGCGUGAUUGGAGGGAGCAUGACGAGGAGUAAGCUUGUGGGAUCCAGGGUGCCGUCCACUCCAGGAUCCCUCCAGCGCUCCCGCAGUGACAUUGACGUAAACGCCGCCUCCAGUGCCAAGUCUCGUCUGUCCACUGUUCCCGCCUCCUCGCCGUUCAGCUCUGCAGCCGCUCUUCCACCAGGAUCCUACGCCUCUUUAGAUGGCACUCCUGGUAAAAGCGAUGGUCGCGUUCGCACAAGGAGACAGAGCUCAGGCAGCGUUGGCGGAGCCAGCUCUUCUUCAGUGGUGGACAGCAGGGGGCGAAGUCGGGCCAAAGUGGUCUCACAGUCCCAGCGAUCAAGAUCAGCCAAUCCCAUCAGUGCCGGCAGUCGCUCCAGCUCUCCGGGUAAGCUACUCGGCCACAGCAGCUACGGACGGAUCCCUCGAGCCACGGCAUCAGCCUCCACCACUCCAGCGGACAAGCGCAGCAGGAUCCCUCGCAGCCAGGGCUGCAGCCGGGAAACCAGCCCCAGCCGAUUAGGCCUCGCCAGCCUGUGUGGUAAACCUCUUCUUCCUGCUGCUCUCCCCUACCGCACGCUAGCCCGGAGCCGCAUUCCCCGUCCCAGCAUGAGUCAAGGUUGCAGUCGCGACACCAGUCGUGAGAGCAGCCGUGACACCAGCCCCGCUCGGGGCUUCACUCCUCUGGCCUCCCGACGUCACUCCCGUUCAACCAGCGCUCUCUCCACAGCCGACCCCCAUGGCCAGUCAGACCGGUACGGUUUGGUGCAUCAAGCGAGAAUUUCUGCGUCCGUUAAUGCCAUGAGGGUCCUAAACACCGGCACAGAGGUGGAGGCAGCAGUCGCUGAUGCUCUGCUUUUAGGAGACUCCAGGAAUAAGAGGAAGACAUUGAGGCGGAGGUACGAAUCCCCGGGGAUGUACUCUGACGACGAUGCCAACAGUGACGCAUCUAGUGCAUGCUCAGAGCGCUCGUAUGGGUCACGAAACGGAGGAAUCCCACAUUACUUGCGCCAGACGGAGGAUGUGGCUGAGGUCCUGAACCACUGUGCCAGUUCCAACUGGUCUGAGAGGAAGGAGGGCCUGCUGGGCCUGCAGAACCUCCUGAAGAGCCAAAGAAUACUGAGUCGUGUGGAGCUGAAGAGACUUUGUGAGAUCUUCACACGGAUGUUUGCAGAUCCUCACAGCAAGAGAGUCUUCAGCAUGUUCCUUGAAACUCUUGUGGACUUCGUCACAGUACACAGGGAGGACCUGCAGGACUGGCUCUUUGUCCUGCUCACCCAGCUGCUGAAGAAGAUGGGCGCAGACCUGCUUGGCUCAGUCCAGGCCAAAGUCCAGAAAGCCCUGGAUGUCACAAGGGAGUCCUUCCCAUUUGACCAGCAGUUCAACAUUCUGAUGAGGUUUAUUGUGGAUCAGACUCAGACUCCAAACCUCAAGGUGAAAGUGGCCAUUUUAAAGUACAUCGAGUCCCUGGCACGGCAGAUGGAUCCCACAGACUUUGUCAACUCCAGCGAGACUCGGCUCGCGGUGUCUCGCAUCAUCACCUGGACCACUGAACCAAAAAGUUCAGAUGUGAGGAAGGCGGCACAGGUGGUGCUGAUUGCUUUGUUUGAGCUCAACACCCCAGAGUUCACCAUGCUGCUGGGAGCACUGCCCAAAACCUUCCAGGACGGCGCCACCAAACUGCUGCACAAUCACCUGAAGAACACGAGCAACACCAGCAGCAAUGUGGGCUCUCCAAGUAACACUAUUGGCCGAAUGCCGGCUCGUCACACACCCAGCAGGACCAGCCCUCUCACCUCACCGACAAACUGCUCCCAUGGUGGACUCUCUCCAAGUCGGUUAUGGGGUUGGGGUGUCGACGGACUAUCAAAGCACCCGCCUGCCCCUCCUCCUCCUCCUCCUACGCCUCACUCCACCUCUGCUGCCCCCACCAUAAGGGUCCUGCGCAGAGCGUAUUCACCCAGCAUGAUGGAGUACGACACAGAGAACAUGAACUCGGACGAGAUCUACAGCUCGCUGCGUGGCGUCACUGAAGCCAUCCAGAGCUUCUCCUACCGGAGCCAGGAGGAUCUGAACGAGCCUAUUAGACGGGAGGCAAAGAGGGAUGACGCAGCAGGGAGAGAAGGAGUAGCUUCCUCUCCUGGGUCUGAUGCCCGGCUCGGCUUAGACGUGGUGGAAGGAGGUCGCACUGCCUUGGACAACAAAACUUCGCUGCUCAACACGCCAUCACCGCGCUCCUUCUCUGGGCCGCGGACUCGAGAAUUUGCCCCAUACGGCUUCGGAGAAACCAUUUGCACGUACGACAAGAGCGCCCUGAAGGAGGCCGUGUUCGACGAUGAUGUGGAGCAGUUCAGAGACUGCCGACGUCAGGAAAGCGGCGAAAACAAGAUGGCGCUCCCCAAGGUCUUUGCUCCUGCAGUCGGGCAGGAUCACUCAGACCUGGUGGCCGAUCUUUUGAAGGAGCUGUCCAAUCACAACGAGCGCUCAGAGGAGCGUAAAGGCGCCCUGGUGGAGCUGCUGAAGAUCACACGGGAAGACAGCAUGGCUGUGUGGGACGAACAUUUCAAAACCAUCCUCCUCCUCCUGCUGGAGACCCUGGGUGAUAAAGAUCACACCAUUCGAGCUCUGGCUCUGCGAGUGCUGAAGGAAAUUCUGAGGAAUCAGCCUGCUCGCUUUAAAAACUAUGCCGAGCUGACCAUCAUGAAGACGCUGGAGGCGCACAAAGACUCUCAUAAGGAGGUUGUGCGUGCAGCCGAGGAGGCGGCGGCGACGCUGGCCGGCUCCAUUCACCCGGAGCAGUGCAUCAAGGUGCUGUGCCCCAUAGUGCAGACGGCCGACUACCCCAUCAACCUGGCAGCCAUCAAGAUGCAAACCAAAGUCAUUGAACGCAUCGCCAAGGAGUCAUUGCUGCAGCUGCUGCCCGACAUCAUCCCCGGACUCCUGCAGGGCUAUGACAACACAGAGAGCAGCGUUCGCAAGGCCAGUGUGUUCUGUUUGGUGGCUAUCUACUCUGUGAUUGGUGAGGAGCUCAAACCCCACCUGGCACAGCUUACGGGAAGCAAGAUGAAGUUACUGAACCUGUACAUCAAGCGUGCUCAGACGACAAACAGCAAUAGCAGCAGUUCCUCAGAUGUCUCCUCUCACAGUUAAUGGAGGUGAUUUCAUCCAUUCCAAGACUCCAGAUCAGACUUCUCUGUCUUUGAGCAUCACCCUCCUCAUCACGGCUCUGCAGCUCUUCCUCUUGACCCAUUUUGUUCCUUCGUGUCAUCCGCCUCCGCUCUGGAAACAUCUGAAUGUGACUGCUGUCCUGGUUUCAAGUUGGUGGGGAAGGAGUGGACACAUUUGGAUUUAAGAAAUGGCGCUUUGUCCUCCUCCUGUAUUCCCACCAUCUUCACAUCAGCUCCAAUCUGUUUCUCCUUCAUCCCUUCUGCUUUUAGAUUUGUUUCUAUAAGCGUAAAAUAUUCACAUCAAAGAAAUGUUUCUGUUAGAUCAUCUUCAGUUUGGGAUGAAAUGUCAUUUGGCUGGCCCAGUGAUGGCAACAAGCCCAUAAAGUGUGCGGUGAAUUCUGUUAAGGGCAUGAAGACCAAAUAUUCCAAGGAGGAAAAAAAAUGAGAUAUGAACAGAAAGACAAAAAGAGGAAGUCCUGUGUGAGCAUUUUUGUCCAAGGAUCAUAUUUGACUGUAAUUUCUUUUUCUUAAUGUGCUCGUUUCUCUUUAGGAGUGGCUUAAAACCCAAACUGUCAUUAUUACAAAACAGAUCUCGUCUCUAAACUGAACGACAAUCCUUCACAUUUCGUGCAGAUCUUUUAACAGAGAAAACAAACCACAGUCGCCACAUGGAGUGGAAGCUAAGCCUGUUAAAAGCCGUAACGUUUGUGUCGUUUUUACUUCCUGCUUCCAUUUGUGUCUGAGCGCUCACUUUGUCUUUCAGGAAGUCCUUUGUAAAUACAGCAGAUGAGGAGUCGGGGGAGAACAGGCCUUACGUUUGUGGACUGCAGAGAGUGAACGGGAUGUACGGCACCGUCACUCUCGGCUCUUUAAAAAAAAAAAGAAAAAAAAAUGUGAAUCUGCAGGAGAAGCGUCCCCAGCAGGCCGCGGCGCUCUCAGACUUGUGACCGUGCAAACACAGUAUUACUCGUUUCCUCUUUCACAGCUUCUGCAAUAACCACAAAGAAAUCAAAGGUGUUUUGUACAUACACUUUCUGACCGCUGCUUCACAGAAAAGCAGACUUUUUUUUUUUUUGGCUUGCAUGAACCUGCGGCACGCGCCGCUCAGUGUUGCGCGGAGAGCCCGGAGCUUCUUCGGCUGUUAAAGUGCACUUUUAACAUCAUGAGAUCACUCGACUCUGAGGAGGCGCUCGUACGGAAAAGGUACACACUCUGUGUUUAAUUUAUUCUGCUGUAAAGUUUUAAGUGGUGGAUUCCUGCUGUGAAGCACUUCAUCGAUUCCCUGAUUGGGAAGAAGCUUUUAAUUAUUGGACCUGAUUUGGUUUUGAUGGUCAGUUGAUCUGCUGUAGUUUUUUCUUUAUAAUACUCUGAAUAAUGAAUAAUAAUGCUGAUUCCUGAUUUGUCGAAAUCCGCUGAGAAUGGUCCAACUCUGCUUCUUUAAGGAAAUGAAUGUACAGAAACAACACGGUGAAUUUGCUGGUACUCAAAAGGAUUUGACUUUUUCUUUCUCAGCGUCCUUCAGCACGCUCAUUUAAUCAGCUGAGUUUUUACUGCAAAAGCAAACCUGCAAACUGGUGAAAACCCACCAAUCCUAUCGCAUCUGUCCUCUCGUUGCUGGAUCUAAAACAGACGCGACCGCGUUCCUUACAGACUGUUCACUAUGCAUGUUCAGCAGUCUUUCUUUGGCUUCACGCGCUCAUGUAAUAUUCACACCUGUAUUUAUAUAUUUUAUUUGAUCUUAAUGUGUUUAUUUCUGUCAUGAUGAACUGUACAGAAGGUUUUUUGUUUUGUUUUUUAUGUUAACAUCAAUGUGUGAUCAGUUUGCAGCGAUGUAAAGAAACUGUUUGCUGUAGAAAUAAAAAGACCGAGAACUGA